AUGUUGAUGUAUACGGGAACCAGCACAGAACAAGAUACCCGCUUCAGCGAUAAGGAGAAGAAGCUCAUGAAGCAAAUGAAGUUUGGUGAUUGUUUGACACAGCAGGUGGACAUGUCAAAGGUGAAGCUUGACGUGUUGAAGCCAUGGAUCACACAGAAAAUCACAGAAAUCCUGAAGAUGGAAGAUGAUGUUGUUAUCGACUAUGUCAACAAUCAACUGGAGGAAAAGUUUCCUUGCCCAAAGAAGAUGCAGAUCAACCUGACGGGGUUUCUCAAUGGGAAGAAUGCCCGGCUGUUUAUGGGGGAGCUAUGGGAGCUAUUGCUGAGUGCACAGGCGAGUGAGAAUGGCAUCCCGGAGUCUUUCACACAGCAGAAAAAAGAAGAGAUUAAGAAACGCAUGGAAGAACAGCAGAAGGAUAAGGACAAAGACAGAGACAGAAGGAGAUCGCGGUCUCGCUCUCGACGUUCGCGUGAUCGUCGCCGAUCAAGGUCAAGAUCAAGGGAUCGAGAUAGAUCUAAUGACAGGAAGUAUCGCGGUAGCAGCCCGCGUCGUUCCCGGCGUAAGAGUCGUGACAGGAGCGUACCGAAGCCACCGCCGCCCGUUGAUGACAUCAAAUUACCUGAACCUGAACCCAAAGAAAACGGCAAGUCACCAGAGAAGGCUGAAGAUGUGGAGGUGAAAGAAGAGAAGACCGAGCGAAGCGAAGAGCUGAACCACAGCGAUGUGAAGGAGGAGAACGAGCAGAAUGAGGAGAAGAAAGAUGACAAAUCUAGAUCUGCGUCUCCAGCGCGGUCCGAGAAGAACGACAAGGAAAACGAGGAGAAGCCGGCGGAGAAGAAUCAUCGCGAAUCUAGUGAUCGGAGAUCAUCUUCGGCGUCUUCACGUGGCAGCAUCAAGAAGCCGACCUCACACAAGAAGCGUCACUAUCGCUCCAACCGGGACUCUUCGACCAGCGUCAGCCCGCGACGAAGCUCUCGUAGAGAGAGAAGCAAGUCUCGCCGUCGUGGUAGCCGUCGACGGUCAAUCGAGCGGCGAGAGAGAGAACGAGAACGCGAGAGGGAGAGGGAGCGAGAGAGAGAAAGAGAGCGCAGGCGUCGCGAGAGAGACAGGAGGGAUAGGUCACGCGAACGUCGCCGAUCGCUUGAAAGACGUAGACGUUCCCGUUCACGCUCUCGACGACGUUCUAGAGACAGGUCGCGUGAUCGUGAUCGUCGUCGCUCAAGGUCUCGCAGGAGGUCACGGUCAGUGCGUCGCUCGGGACGCAGGUCACGUGACCGGCGUUCCCGCGACAGAAGGUCAAAGGACAGACGCUCUAGGGACCGUUCCAGGGAAAGGAGAUCUCGUGACCGUACUAAGGAUAGGAGAUCAAGGGACCGGAAGUCUCGUGACAGGAGAUCCACAGAUCUCAUUAAGGAACGCUUAGAAAAGUCGGUUUCGAUACCAAGGAAAGAAAACUUGGAAAAACUACGGCCAGUGUCAAUCGAGCGCGUUUCGUUGCCACGUGAGGAGACCGCUAAGGUCCAAGUCUCCAGUUCAAGUCGCGAAUCAUCUGUCGCCAACGACAAGUCGGCAUCACAAGACGAUACUCGGGCUAAAUCCGUUCAUACAUCGGACGAUGACGACUUUAUUCCCAUUCCGGUUCUCAGAGAUUAUUCAAAGAGCCUUACCCGAACUCCAUCACCGUUUGUAAGACGACAGAGAGAUUUUAAGAAAUCCGGAGACGAAGCUUCAGAUAAAGAACAGGAAGAGACGAAGGUGGAAGAAGUAAAGAAGAAACGCAAGCCCAAAGCAUCAGAAUCGGAAAGCGAAAGCAGCGAGGAAGCUCCUAAAUCAAAAAGCAAAGCAAAACUUAAACGUAAGGAUAAGUCCAGCUCAAAACGCUCUAAAAAGGCGAAAAAAGAUACGUCUUCAAGUGACAGUGAUUCUGAAGACUCGUCUUCCAGUGACUCAGAAGAAGAUAGAAAGAAGAAGAGCAAGAAAAAUGCCAAGAAAAAGCUCGCAAAGAAAUCCCGCAAGAAGAGAGCGCGUUCUUCCAGCUCAGAAUCUAGCUCUGAAGAAGAGGUUAAACACAAAAGUUCUAAAACUAAACAGAAAAACAUUCCAGAAGAAUCUGACACUGAUAAGAAAUCUAAGAAACGUAAAGAUAGCGUUGACCAUUCGAAAUCAGAAAAAUUGGACACAAAAAGUAAAUCUAAGAAAACGGAAAAUUCUGAGGAUUCCAAUGAGGAUAGCUCGGAAAGUGACGAUAAAUCAAAUAAAAAGAAAAAUAAACAUGAAUCUUCGUCUGAUAAAGAGCAAAGACGUAAAAAAGUAGAUGUCGCAAAGGUCACAUCACCAGAUGCAAAGUCAAAGCGAGAUGAAAAAUCUACCAAGGUCAAACAAAUUGAUGAAAUGAAACCAAAAUCGCGAGAUGAAAGCGAAAGAAAAGGUAAGAAACGUGAAAAAGAAGAGUCGUCAUCUGAUAGUGAUCAAGUAUCGAAGAAAAAGGCAAGAAAGAAGGCUUCGGAAUCUGAAUCCGAAUCAGAAAGCGAUGAGCCUAAGAAGAAACGUGCUAAAAAGCACAAGAAACAUUCAAAGAAACACAAGAAGCAUAAGAAACAUAAGAAAACAUCCAAAAAGAAGGAUGAUUCGUCAGAAAGCGAGGAAGCUGAAGAAGAGGAAGAAGGGAAAGUUAAUAACGAAGACUUGGAAAAAAAACUCCGGGAAAGAGCGCUUAAGUCUAUGAAAAAACAAACAAGUGCUUCUGGAUCAGAAUAA